AUGCGUGGUCACGUCGAUGGUAGGGAGUUGAGCAAGUUGUUACAGGCGGGUGUACGAAAUACCGCAACUGGUUUUGCAGGUGCGGAACGUGUCUACAACGUGCACGCCGGCUGUGCUGAGCGUUUUCAACGUUUCAAACCCGCUAGGCGCCUUGCGCACAGCCAUGAGCUUGGCACAAUCUCGACAAUAACAAAGUCUGCUGCACAGACAGAAGGGUGCCUCCAGAAUCUAUGCAUAAUAACUUCACACUGGACGCGGCCUGUGGUGGUUGGUCGAGGACGUCCAUCGGGCUACGAUUCUAGAACUUGCAAAACCAAAAUGCACAGGGGUCUAUAUAAUAGUCCGUCUGACUGUGCUGCAAAUUUAAUUCUACGGUGCACGGACGAACACUCGCUUCAAACCGUCUCUAGAAAUUUGUUGCGGCAGGUCAAGGCGUGCAAUCGAAUUCGAUACCAUUCAAUUCAACCCUCCCCCCUCAAUGUCCCGGACACAACAUUCCUCGAAUAUUCUCCGUCAUGCUGCGCGGCACUGUCUGCCGUCAACCAGCGAGCAAAUGAUAUAACAUACAGACGGUAG